UACUCAACACAAAUUAAUUUGUUCUUAUCUUAUAAUUAUUGUCUUUUUCACAAUAUAGAAAUACAUAUUAUUACUAUUUAUUAUUUACUAGCAUAAUUUUUUGCAGAACAAACAUCAACAUCAAAAUCAAAAUAAAUAGCGGUAUUUGUUGCAAACAUUGCUGUGUUUUUUUGUAACAAUAAUCAUCAUGGCCACCAACGACAACAAAACUAAAGAAAAAGAGAACGAAUUUUUCUUGGACGCUAAUGAAGAUGAAACUGAUAUCGAAGCUGUUAACUACGACAGUGACAAUGAUAAUGAUGAUGAAGAUUAUGAUCGCAAUGAAUCAGAACAACCUGAAUCUUUCACUUCUCAUCAAUGGCCUCAAAGUUACAAUGAGGCUAUUGAUCCUUUGACAAUUGCUGCUGCACCAAAUCUUGGAUCAAUAUUCAAAGCACCAAGUGUUAUUUAUUCAAGCUUUGUAAAUCUUGGAUCAAAGAGUAACUUAGACUUACAUGAUGGAAAGACCCCUUUUUUAUCUAAUGCUCAAAUUCCAGAAGGGGUUCCUAGACAAUCAACAUGGUGGGAGAAAGCUUCCAUUCAAAUGCAUUUUCCUGAAGAAUUGCCUAUUGGUUAUGGAUGUACCUUCACUCAAACUAUUUUUAAUGGGAUUAAUGUGAUGGCUGGAGUUGGGCUUCUAUCUACACCUGAUACUAUAAAGCAAGCUGGGUGGGCGAGUAUGCUGGUGAUGGUUAUUUUUGCAGUUAUAUGUUGUUAUACAGCAGAGCUUAUGAGACAUUGCUUUCAAAACAGAGAAGGCAUUGUUAGCUACCCAGAUAUAGGAGAAGCUGCAUUUGGAAAAUAUGGCCGAGUUAUCAUAUCAAUCAUUUUGUACACUGAAUUAUAUUCAUAUUGUGUGGAAUAUAUCAUCAUGGAAGGCGAUAACCUUUCUGGUCUGUUUCCUGGAACAUCCUUGAAUUGGGGAAGUUUAAAUUUGGAUGACAAGCACUUAUUUUCAAUUUUGACUGCACUGAUUAUUCUCCCUACCGUUUGGUUAAAGGAUCUUCGUAUAAUCUCCUAUCUCUCAGCUGGAGGGGUUAUUGCGACAACUUUGAUUGGUAUGUGUGUGUUUGUUGUUGGGACAAGAAAUGAUGUUGGAUUCCAUCAAACUGGUCCAUUUGUGAAAUGGAGCGGCAUUCCAUUUGCUUUUGGUAUCUAUGGAUUUUGCUUUGCAGGACAUUCGGUUUUUCCCAAUAUUUAUCAAUCUAUGGCUAACAAAAAAGAAUUUUCCAAGGCAAUGAUCAUAUGUUUUAUUUUGCCCAUGUUGUUAUACGGAAGCGUCGGAAUCGCAGGGUUUCUCAUGUUUGGUGAAGGGACUUUAUCUCAGAUAACAUUGAAUCUACCACGAGAUGCAUUUGCUACCAAAUUCUCCAUGUGGACUAUAGCAAUUCUCCCGCUAACGAAAUAUGCUUUGAUGAUGAACCCGCUCGCAAGAAGUGUAGAGGAAUUGUUGCCUAAUCACAUUGCAAGAACUAAUUGGUGUUUCAUUCUUAUUAGAACAGCACUGGUUAUAUCUACAGUUGUUGCUGCUUUUCUGAUUCCAUUUUUCGGGCUAGUGAUGGCUUUAAUCGGUUCUCUCCUCAGUGUACUUGUGGCAGUGGUAUUGCCAUCUUUAUGUUUUCUGAAAAUUGUGGGGAAAAAGGCAACAAGUACACAGGUUACUCUGAGUGUGGUAAUUGCUGCAUGGGGAAUAGUAUGUGCUUCACUUGGAACAUAUUCAUCACUAUUAAAGAUUGUGCAGGUGCAGAUGAGUGACUGACACCUUUUUAUCAGCAUUUAAGUGGUCAAUUAUGUCUGUAGCCAUUGGUAUAUGCAUGCAUGUCCCAUUGAGUUAUGCACAUAUGGUGAAUGGAAUGAUUACAAAGAUUGUUUAUUGACUGCACUCAUUGAAAAUAGAGUCAGUUUAGAUUGCUGUUUGAGAGCAAUGUUUUUGAGCAUUGUCUCAUACUAGUACAGCUGUGUGAGGUGACUCAUUAGAUUCUUUUUUCUUCUUCUUUGCUAAAAUUCAGAAUGAACUUAAUUUUCUUAUUAAGAAUGGAUAUUAAGUUUGAAGGAUUAAUCUAUAGGGUAUUGUAUUAUACAAGGCUUAAUUGCA